CCCAUUUACAAAUCCAAUCACAGGCGAACACAGGCGAGAUCGAAUUGAACGGCGACGAAUGUGGAGGCGAAGCGACUUACCGGGAAACCCAGAUUCUGAUCAGAGCAUAUCUGAGGAAGAGGAAGAGGAAGAGCACGUCGAUGUUAGUUUGGGAGAAAAUGAUGAAAUGUUGUGCCCAAGCGACAAGGGAAGAGGAUUACUACUUCAAACAAAGCUCGAGAAACUCAUAGGUGGUUGUGGUGGUGAAUCAAAUUAUGCUGAAGAGACCGGCUAUAUAUCUCUCGAAGCAACCAAAGUUAUCUUCCUCUCUUGAAGAAGUUCCUGAUUCCCCUGAGGAGACUUAUUUUGCUUCUUCAACAAGAGACGGCUUGACAUGCAUAUUUGCUCAUGACAGUGUGCCAGAUGAUGAGGUGCCACAUGAUGAACCGGUGACAACUUGGUCCACUAUAAGUAAAGAAGCCAAAUCACUACUCCAUUUGAAUGGCAUUGCUGCAGUCUCAUCAUCCCAUUCAUCUGCCCUCAGAGCCAAGAGAGGCAGUAAAGCUGUCAAAGACAAUGUGAGGCCAAAAUUUUCGUUUCACUCACAUGCUCAUGGAGAAAAGUCUUCCAAGAUAAGUGACAUGGCUGAAUAUUUUGAGCCUCCUGAUGAUGAUCAGGCUGCCAUAGAGGAGGAUCCAAUAGCUGAAUGCCCCAACGAUUGUGAUGAAAUAUCAGAUAACACUGAGGAUGCAGUAUCGAUGCUUUUAAUCCCACCUUCAGAUAAGAUUAGAGUGACAAAAAGAAGCUCUAAACCCUACAGCAGACGCCAAGGAAAAUGUUUAAAAUUUGCUUAUAAGGGAAGUUCAUCAAACAUCCAAGAUAGUGAUAGUACUGAUGAUGAGCUUCCUGGACCCAUGGAUAGUGGAUCAUCAACAGAUGAUGAGCCUAGUUAUCAAAGCUCAGUGCCAAACAUUACCAACCAGAAGAAACAAUUUGUUGGAGACCUGUUUAAUGAAGCAGUGAAAGCUUCCUCUUUGAACAAGGAAGGUCUCUCAUUCGGUUCACCCAAACUAUCUGGUGGCUUUAGCCUGUACGGGAAGCUACAACAGAUCAUGAAACAAGAAAAGGAGAUGGAAAUAGAAAUCACGAAGAAGUUGCAGUGCGGAAUAGGACAAGCAGAUGCGUCGAGUUAUAUUGAUAUAAAAAUCAUGUCAAGACACUUGGAGGGAAAGCUCAUUGUGUGCAAAUGCUCUGUCAUCGACCUUCCUGGGGACUCGCUCUUGUUUAAGAAUACACAAGCUCUUGCGGCCAGAGAUACAGAAACAACAGUCAUCUUUAAUCCGAAAGUGAGUGUGGAUGUUGACAUUGAAAUCGGGAGCUUUGUCCGUGUACAUGCGCCAUGGAAAGAAAUGGAAGUGAAGAACACCAUGGAGGUGAUUAUUUUGUGUUCAUAUUUCUCGAGUUUGUAAUUGUAACUCACACAGAUGUCACAAGUAUAAACUCUCUCUCUGUAAAAAAAAAAGCAAAAUGUUUAUGGAAGUGCUGUUCAUC